GCUCCAGUGUCAAUUCCUCACACAUUCUGUUGUGCUCCUCGCCCAGUUUCCUGUGAAUUAGAACAUCCACGUUGAUACAGAUAGGGGACUUUCGGGACUGUCGCCUUAUGUUUCAUAACGUGUAAAUAAAUAGAUUAAACAUUUCAGCAAGUGGGAAUACUUUGAGCGUCCGAAUGUCUGGACAAAACAUCGACCAGUUGCAUCGCUCUACUUUGGGCAUAUAUGCGAGCCUGAUGGAUCAGUUCAACCCAAGUCUACAGAAGCUAGUGUCUUUGGGAAACAGCUACAUGCAGGCUUUCCAAGCCCUCGCGAUAACCAGUGAGGCUUACUUCAGCACCCUUGCUAAGAUAGGGGAGCAGGCCUUCCACACCAUAUCGUCUCGCUUGAUUGGAGAUGUCCUGAUUCAGAUUUCAGAGAACCAGAGGCGACUCACCGCUGAACUGGAAGCAACAUUCCGCUGGUUCCACUCUGAGGGGCUGCAGGAGAUGGACAACAAUGUCAAACUGGAUAAGGACUACAUAGCAGGCAGCAGGAGGCGAUAUGAGAUGGAGGUACGGACCCAGGCCACAUCUUUGGAGAGGCAGCUGAGGGGAGGGGCUUACCAGUACAUUCACUUCCUGAGGGAUAGUCAGCAUGAGGCUCUGAUGGAGGAGGAAAGGAGAUACCGUUUCCUGGCUGAGAAACACUGUGGUCUCACUCAGUCCAUCGUCUAUCUCAUGAACAAGACAGGGGCAGGGGGAGGCCUACAGCAGAUAGCUGAUGGAUGGAGAGACCAGGUCAAUGCCACCAGAGGACCUGGAUCCCAGAACCCCUCUCGCCUGGACCAGGACAACACGUUCAGAAUGAGGGAGGAGGAAAGGGGGAGCCAAUGGUCAGGCAAAGAGGAGCAGCCUCUGGGAAGAGUGCCCUCCAGAGGCCCAUCACCCCAAAACACCCUUUCCUGCUCCAGCUCAAUUGGUGAGUCCCUAGGUCUGGGUGGAGGUGGAGGAGGGAGACCUAUGAGAGCUCUGGUGUCCCACCCCGCUAACUCCAACAGCCCCACCCUGCUGCCCUUCUCCCGAGGGGAGGUGGUGAGCGUGCUGGUGCAGGAUCCCCGUAACGGCUGGCUCUACGGCCGGGCAGAGAACAGCUCACGUCAGGGCUGGUUCCCAGCUGCCUAUGUGGGGCCACUGGAGGAGGCCCCUAGAUCAACUGGCUCCAGUAGCGCCACCCUUAGGAGUGCCCACAGUAUGGACAACCUGCUGGACCAAUCAGGAAGCAGCAGCCACGGCAGACCCCCGCCCCCGCCUCCACCCAAUAGACAGACAGAGAUGCGUCCAAUCACACCCAUCACAGAGAGAAGGGCAGAGUCUCACUCUGACAACAAGAGAGGAGAGCGCCAUGGUGCACCUGGGCCAAACCUCUUCCCAAAGGGCACUAACCCUUUCGCCACUGUCAAGCUGAAGCCCACAUCCACAGAUGACCGAUCUGCUCCACGGCUCCGUCGGUGAAGAGGCCACGCCCUGGAGAGGUACUGGGCGCGUUCCAGGUUGACUACAUUUCAGUCGUUGGAUUGCAUCAAAAAAUGGUUUAAUGCCACUUUAUUGACUGUGCAGCUGACUGCUAUAUCAUAUGAUUCACUGAUCUGUUAAAUAAAUAUUUAUCCAGGCGGGUCUGAAAUGUAGUCAGCCUGAAACACGUCCACUACCAUGCAGCAGGGGUUAGGGUUUAGGGUUGAUGCCCUAAAACUGCCCCAAACCUUCCCAAAUGGUUGAAAACUGUCUUAAAACUGCCCCAAAUUUUCCCUAAGCAGCCCCUAAUACCAAUCUUGUACAGUAGGUUAUUUAUAUCCAUAUUAUGGAGUUUAUCGGAUGACUACAGUGAUAAAGGAAGUUCAGGGGGCAAUGUAAGAUGCCAGAAUCCCUAAUAUAUGCUUGGUGCACUGAUUGACCUGAAAAGGGCAUUAAUAAUUUUUAUUUCAUUUAGUGAGAUAAAUCUUUGAGAGCGCUCAUUUAUGCACUUUUCUUCAGAAUCAGGGAUAUACAUGUCAGGUACAGGAAAUAUCAUGGUAGAAGAAGUUGUUUUUAUCAAAGCUUUUUGCAUUGUUGUCUUCAAGUAGCUCUUUUAUUUAGCUUUGCUUGUACAGUAACAAUAUGGCAGUUUAAACCAAUACGUAACUUUGAUGCUAAACUACAGUGAACCACAGUGAGCUAAUCUUUCUCUUCGGAAUGCCAUGUAGAUAGAUUGUUAUGACAAGUGAGUUUGAGCUACUAACUUAACAGUGCUAUUUUGUCCAGUGCCUUUAGUAAAUGUACUAUAAGAUUUGUAUGUGUUUGUUUGUUCAUGCAGGCAGUAGGGUGGCCUACUACUCUAGUGAAGAACCCGGGGUUGUCAAUUCUAAUCCACUAAUGGGAUACUUAACCUAAAUUACCCUUGGUAGUGUACCCAGUAUGUAAAUGGCUGACGUGAGAGUGUUGAGCUAAUGUUAUAGCUGUAACUAAACAAAUUACUUUUACUUUACUGCUAGAAUAAAAAUUGCAGCUGCUUUUCACAUGGUUUCAAAUUCCUUUAAUCAGACAGAAAUACAUCCCUUGAUUCUGAAGUUUUUUAGUUGCUGGCGAUACUUUACACAUUUAUUUUCUAGUUAUUGAGGGCCACUCGGUAGUGCUGAGCGAUUAACCAAAAUGUAUUUUUUGGGGGGGGGGUUAUUGAACAACCAAUUGACCGACGUUGGUUAAUUUAUUUGAAUUCCAUAUAGUUCUUUUUUUGUGAGCCCAACGUGCCGUUUCUGUAGAGAGAAAUCAAAUAAUUCACAAGAGAAAGUAAGUCAAGAACUAUGUGGUUACGCUUGGCUGUAGCAUUAAGCCAAUAAUGAAACCUAAUUCAGCACAGAAAUGUGGUAAUUACCUACAAUGUUAGAUACACACAGACCAAACAGACCGCAUGAGAGGAAUGUACACAACACAACGACAAGAGAGGUAGAGACAAUACGUGAAAGUGUUCCUUAUCUCCUUUGAAGAACAAGUAAAAUGAUUUCAGCAGACUGCCCUGCAGCAUUAUUAGACAGGCUAGCCUAGCUAAACAGGAUGACAAAAGACAGUACAGUAUGGGGAGCACAGAGAUAAUGUAACGUUAGAUGGUCAGGCUGGCUGGCUGCUACUACUUGAGCAGAGAUGAGAUGAUGACUUUAAGAACUGAAAAAUGAUAAAGUCAUCAGAUAAAACAAAGUAAUGUACACAACUGAAAUAUGUUAUUAUUAUCAUAGUAAUCUUCUAUUGAUGUCUACCCAAUGUGGACCUGACAGAGACAAUGGAAUAUUUGUAAUAUUUUGGCAAUUGAAUGUUCACUAUUUUUGGUUUGUAAUUUCCAUUAAAAAGUUUUAAAAUCAUUUAAAUUGUUUUAUUUUGUAAUGCAUUUAACGUGUACCCCUUUCCUGCAUUCAAAUGACCAAAUUACUCUCUAGUGGCCUCAUUGGUGGAAUGUUAUGAAUAGUUUACAUAAUUUAUAAACAUACGUUUUAAAAAGCCGCCAGAAAUCCAUCAAACUAUUUUGAUAUAUUUCCGUCUUCUGUGAUGUAAUAUUGGGAUGAAAACUCAAAACGUAAUACAUUUCAUAAACAUGUGAAUGAGAGGUAUACUUCUGUUUCAAAGUAGAUUUGUUUAAGGCUACCAACACUCUGUGUGACUAUGAUUUAGGCCACUGCAGUAAAAGGCCAAAUAUAUUAUCGAAACCAAAAUCGAAAACCGUGAUUGCUUUUUUUUUGUUGCUCAGCACUACCAAUCGGAGAAGAGAAGGAGACAAACAGAGGAGACAUUAAAGGAAGCGUCGGAGUGAGUCAGUUGUUCUUGAGGCAUUUUUAUAUUUUAUUUUAUUUUGUUCUUUCACAGUUUCAUCUUUUGGUGUGUUUUUACAACAGCUCAUUACCAAAGGAGAGAGGGACGGAGGGAUGGGGAGGAAAGGAAAGGAGGAGAGCAGUGUCAGAAAGUUGAAAGAGAGAUAGAAAGAGACAGAAACAAGGGACAGAGAAAGAGAAAGAGUGGG